AUGGACAUUCUCACUCUCACAGCACCUCUCACCUGCCUCUCCAUAGGUCUCGGUAUCACGGCGAUGGUCCUGCCCAAGUGGAAUUGCGGCGGCUUUUUCACAACUUGUGCCUUAACCCUCAUCCACCUCAUCAUCAUGGCACUCAUUCUCGGCGGCAUGGCUCUUAUCUCGAUCGUCUUCUUCGCCGACAUCUGUAGUGCUUGCAACACCAAGUGGUUGCCUGGACCAGUCUGCGCCUCCUAUAAGAUAAUAAUUUCUGCUCUCGGAGCUGCAAGUCUAAUGGGGGGCAACCUACUUUACGCAACAGUGUUCGUCCAAUCAUGGUCCUUCCUGCUCUCCUUCUCAAGCGCCAUCAUCGCCGUGCAUGUGGUACUGUUCGCCAUUUUUGGAUCAAAGUGUUUCCGCAAUAACUGA